CCUAUGAAGCUAUGACUUCGUGUUCUCUGUUUAUAAGUCUUUUUCGCCGAAGAACAUUCAGCUGGUAUGGAUACAUCGUUGCUUUAUUUGUAACUUUGUUCUUUGAGGUGAUUCUUCUUGUUAUUAUAACCAGUAUUAGAUUGGCUGAAAAUCGCCAAUUUCAUUGCAACAGCCAUGGUGUUCACGCGAAUAAGAAGUACUUGACGACGAGAUGUUUAAAUCAGUACAAGGAGAAAUACAAUCCUGACAUACCGCCACUUGUCUAUGCAAUGGUGGCCUUAGCGUCUUUUUUUAUUUUAGAAGUUAUUUGUGUCAUUUAUUCUUGCAUUGUAAUAUCUCGAGUGAAACAAAUCGAAAGAGAAGAACAAGAAUGCACGCUAACUGAAUCACCAAAUGAAGACGAGCCUGAUCAACAAGAAACUCGCGACCUUCUGACUCGAAAUCAAGCUAAUCCAGUCAUUACUUGCUACAUUUUUGGGUCAUAUGUCUCUCAGUUAGUUCUACGUAUUGUGGUUGGUGUACUUUCUGUAUUAGUAUUCAUAUUAUUACCACAAAAGACAGGACUUGAUUGGAAUUUUCCACCGGCAUCUCGGUGCCAAUGGAAUUCUUCUUCACCGGCAGUUAUAGAUUGCGAGAACACAUUUGCUAAAGUUAGAACUAAUUGGACAAAGGGUUCUGCAGUUUUUCUGCAUAUAUUAAUUGUAGUCCUGGUGUUAUUCGAAGUUUUGUAUCUUAUAGGAAGAGCUUGUUGUGAUAGAACCUUCAUGGGAGAUUCGAGAUUUUACCAAAUGCAUCUUUUUAGAAAUAUAACAAUUUCUUUUAAGGAAAGAGACCUCAGUCGAUCAAAGAAGAGGACAUUGAAGGGGACAGAGUAUCUUGAAUUGUUAAAAACCUCAGAUAAAUCGAGAAUUAGUGCAAAGAGAAAAGUAGACGAUGUUUUUGAACAUCCUAUUGUGCAUAUCGGUCUGGUCACGCAUGACUUGGACAUGACUCAAGAAAGGAAGGAACUUUUAAAAAUUUACAUGCCACCUAAAGAUUUUGUUGGAAUAGAAAACACAAACCAGCUGUUUAAUUCUGCAGACGAGAAAUCUUAUUAUCGUAAUAUUCUUAUUGUUGGUCGCCCAGGAAUCGGAAAAACGUUAUUGUGUACAAAAAUCGUUCGCGAUUGGGCCAAGAACAAAUUGAAGCAAUUUGAGAUUGUUUUUCUAUUCAAAUUAAGUCUCAAGAAAGACUCAAGAAGGAUAUCUUUCGAGAGUUUUCUUAAAAAAGCGGAAUAUCCCAUGAAUAUUACGAUAGACUCAGCUGUUUUACAACAAAUCCAGGACCAUCCCCAAUCGAUUUUGUUUAUCUUCGAUAUUGGCUUAGGUGAAGGUCAAUAUAAAGAACUUCAACACUUGAUGGAAGUCGAGUCAGAAUACAGUGGAUCAAAUGAAUUAAGCGAUAGAAUUCCAAUGAAUGCUUUUUAUGUAAAACUUAUCAAGAAGAAAUUACUCCCUGAAGCGACAAUUUUGACAACUUCUAGACUGGAUGCUGUGGACUCCCUUGAACAUAUCUCAGGGACAGAGCAAUUUGACAGGAAAGCUGAAAUUUGGGGUUUUGAUAAAAGAAAAGUCAAAUCAUACAUCCACAAGUUUUGCAAAGAUACAUCCACACAAAGAGAAAUUUGGCAGUACAUAAAAAGUAAUGUCAACCUUUUGUAUCUCUGUUACAUUCCAGUCAUGUGCUGGAUUGUCUGUUCCUUCUUAGAAGACCACAAAAAUAAUGGCAGAUUAAACACUUUUGCUCUACCCACCACCGUUAUUUACAAUCGAGUACUGAUGGACUUGGUGUUUCAAAUCAGUCCAAGAUAUCAAAAGGUGUCCCCUAAUGUCUAUAAGAGACCAUUUUCUGGCACAUUUGAGGACCAGGUACUAUCAAAAUUGGGACAGCUAGCAAAUGAAGGACUUCAAAAGAAGCAAUUGACUUUUAAAGAAGCAGAGGUUAUAAGACUAGGACUAGAAGACUGUGGUUUACUACACUGUAUGCCAGGCAAAGAAAUUCCUGAACCUGGAUUACUUCCGGCUUCAGAGUACUUUUUCAUCCACUCGACUUUGCACGAGUUUGUUGCUGCAAGAAAAAUUGCUAGAACAGCUCUUGAAGGUGACUUAAGUGAAGUUGCUGAUGUUAUCAAAAAUAGAGUAGCAGAUGAUAGCUGGCAUCUUGUGAUUCAAUUUAUAGCAGGAUUAUUGCAAAAAGAACAUGCUAUUGAAGUUUCCAAGUACUUUGAAAGCAUACUUUGUGAAUCUUUGAUCAAUGGUAAUAGACAUUUAGGUUUACUUAUGCUCAAAUGCCUUCAUGAACUAAAGAAUGAAGACGUUGCUGCAAGAGCUGCAUCACGACUUGAAUCCUGUGAACAAUUAAGAGGUUGCAUAAAUUUGUACAGCACUGGAGUGACACCUCUUGAUUGUACAGCAAUUGUGUGUGUUUUCAGGCACUGUACAAAGAUCAAAUCACUUACGAUUUCUGCGAAUAAAGUAUGUGAUCAUGGUUGUUCAGAGCUUGUCAAGAUUUUCAGUGAACAUAAUAAAAACAAACAUUAUGCAUAUGAAGCCUGCCGAGAAGAACUGUGUGUGACUGGUGCACUCAGAGGUGAAAGACAACAUUUCACCGAUUUGAACUUGUCCUUAAAUAAAAUAACAGAUCAAGGUGUUCAAUACCUGAGUAAUGCCCUAGAAUGUAAUUUAAAUGAUCUUAAGAAGUUGAAGUUGGCGACCAAUAGAAUAACUCAAAAAGGUGUAUCACACAUUGCUAAUACACUCAAACAUAAAAAUUGCCAUCUCAUCAAUUUGGACUUGUCCAAUAAUGAAAUAAUAAUAAACAAGCAAUGUGUACAGAACUUGAUUGAUGCACUCAAACAUGAGAACUGCCAUCUCAAGAAAUUGGACUUAUCCAAUAAUAAAGUAACUAUUGAAGGUAUAUCAUACCUGAAAGUUGCCAUCAAAGAUGAAAACCUCAACUUCAUGUUGAACUUGUCAAAGAAUGAAUUAAGAAGUGAUCAAGAUGGUAACAAUCCAACAAUGAAAACAAUUAUCUUAUGCAGGUGAUGCUGGAAAAAAUGCACACACUCCUAUUUUAUAGACAGAGACUUUAUUUAUUAAUCAGUUGAAAUAAUUUAUUGACAUGCAUAAAUUACAAUCUGAAAUGAAAAAAGUGCAUUGCAGAAGGAGCAUUUCUUCUGAUCUGCAAUAUAAGAACUCUCAUCUUAGUUGAGGUUCGAAAAGGUGAUUGCAUGAAGCUACAUUUUUGUAGUGAAAAUUACAUUUGUGGAAAAACAGUA